UAACAUUAGCUUGCCAAUCUCAAAUGUCCAUAUUUAAGAGUUAUUUGUCUGUCUAAACCAACGAAAUCCGAAAUAAUCAGUUUACCAUUCUCCGUUGCCUAAUCUAUACCAAAGCCUGAAACUGCAUUAUAAUGCCCGCCAAAAGAAACCUUCGUCUAGAAGACAAGGAAAAUACUCCAUUCAAGAGACAUGCUCCAGCCAGAAACUAUUCACCUGUGACUGGUACUAUGCCCAUAACCCCAACGGCCAAAACACAUGAUUUGUCGACAUUUAAUCCUUCAUCGGGUAAUCGGAAAACCAUCGGAAGGACUGUUAUUUCCCCAGAAACAAAAGAGCCGCUCUCAGAAACGGAGAGAAUGUUUUUUUUCAGGUCUAAAACAGAGGAAUGUGUGGAAAUCCUAAUGAGAACAAGGCAACAGCUUGAGACAUUUUUGCCAGUAGAGGGCAACAGUGAGCUGAGGAGUUUCUUGUUGAUGGGUCCUUCUGACUUGGUAACUGAACUGAAGCGACACAAAGAGCUGACUGCUAAGGUUGAAUGUUGUGUAAAUGCAGCACAAAUUCACAAGUCUUGCCUCCAAGGAACAACACAGACUGGCAGCUCCUAUGAGUUUCUGAAGAAAAUCCUACGGGGCUGAGAGGGCCAACCUGAGCAACAGCUGGUGUCACCCAAACUGGUUCCUGUUUCUGCUCACAGUGGAUCAUAUAACUCACUUUGUCACCCCUGAGGCAGCAUGAAGGAAACACCUGCAAGGUGCCCAUCAACAGAACGAGUAUUUUCCCCAUACGCCUGAACUCCUUUUUUCAGAGAAUCUUGGGAAGCAGUUUCAAGCGGCCUGUUCUGCACCAUAUCCCAGAUCUGUGUAUCUGACAUACAGCUUCACUGGAAAAAGUCACAAAGCAGAAGACGUUGUGCUGUGCUGACGAUGCUGUGAUUCAUUACACACGGUCUUCACCUAUCUCCUUACAAUUCACAUCACCGACUCUCACUUGAUCAGAUUUCUUCAGCUCUUGUUCAGAUCAUGACCAUUAAUGAAUACAAUUAAAACCUUCAUCCUGACCCAACAAAGCACACACUGCAAGGGCUCACAGCAAAGCCAAGUUCUUGGCUGAGAGUUUUUGUUGGCUCAGGGAAAGGGCACAAGUGUCUGAAACCUCUCCUGUUUGUUCUUUUGCUCAUUUGUUUCUCUUUCCGUCUUUCAUGUAUUUAUUCCAUCUAUCUGAAUUACAAGGUCCAUUCUCCUGCUGUAGCUGUACAUGUAGCUGGAGGGCUUGUGCAAGCUCUAACACUAUAGCCCUUUUGUGACCUGAUAACAUUUACAGUUGUAAUGGAUUUUUUUUUUAAUGCCAGUCAUUAACUCGUGUGAAAGAAGGAGGCCACAAAAGAUUGCAUGCACCUUUGUUCCUCUGGUAUUUCAGCUUUAUGGCAUUGUGUUCUGAUAUGUCCCUUCCCAUCAAUUUUGUUUUAUGGCUCAUGAAGUCAGUGCAUUUUAUUUUAAUGUAUAGCCUUUGUGUGGGUACAUCCACAGUAUUUAGUUAUUGUGGGGAUCAUUUUUUUCAUGUUCAAUUAGUGUUUCAGGAUUUGGAUUCAUGUUUGUUUCCAUUACACCAAGAAAUGCU